UAUCAUAACUCUACUUUAGUCAUGGAAAUGAAUGUUAAGGCUAGUACUAUCUUUUAUACAUUAGUCUUUUUGGCUUUGAUUCAUCUUUCUUUGGUUUCUUGUCGAAAAAUAAUAAGCAAUCGUGGUGUAAUAGGCUUCACUCUUGAUCUUAUUCAUCGCGAUUCUCCUAGUUCACCCUUUUACAACCCGUCCACUCAAUCAGAUCGCCUUAGAAAUGCCUUCCAUCGAUCAAUUUCACGUGUUUCUUUUUUCAAGAAAAGUUCCUUUGCUACUCCGGAUACAAUCCAGUCGGAUAUUUCUCCCAUCCCGGGUGAAUACCUCAUGAAACUAUCCAUUGGCACACCGCCUGUUGAAAUAGUAGCCAUUGCUGACACGGGUAGUGACUUAACAUGGACGCAAUGCAAGCCUUGCGACAAUUGUUUUGAACAAUCAUACCCUCUUUUCGAUUCAAAGAAAAGCUCUACUUAUAAAACUAUAAGGUGUGAUGAUGAAGAAUGUGCAUCAUUAAUGGGGAGUUCUUCUUGUGUUAGAAGAAAUGUUUGUGAAUAUCAAAUGAGUUAUGGUGAUCAAUCACAAAGUAUUGGUGACCUUGCUUCUGAUAAAUUCACUUUUCCUUCUACUUCUGGUAAAGAUGUUGCAAUUCCUAACGUUGCCUUUGGUUGCGGUCAUGACAAUAGUGGAACGUUUAAUAAUUAUACUUCGGGUAUUAUUGGCUUAGGUGGUGGUGAACUUUCAAUUAUCAAGCAAUUAGAUAAACAAAUCAAUGGGAAAUUCUCUUAUUGUUUAAUCCCAAUCUCAUUAGAUUCAUCGAUGUCUAAUGUCACAAGUCACAUCAACUUUGGUAAUAAUGCCAUUGUGUCUGGCUCUGAUGUCGUUUCAACUCCCUUGGUUAAAAAGGAACCAUCCACAUUCUAUUAUCUAACCUUGGAAGGUGUUAGUGUUGGGAAUAAGACGCUGAAAUUCAAAUCUUCUAAAACUAGCUUUUCUAUUGGUGAUGAAUUUGAGGAAGGUAACAUCAUAAUCGAUUCUGGCACAACAUUAACAUUUCUGCCUGGUGAGUUCUACGAGAAUUUGGAAUCAGCUUUGGUGGAUUCGAUCAGUGCUACUAAGAAGAGGGACUCAUCGGGAACUUUUAAUCUAUGUUACGAGUCUGAUGAGAAUGGCACUAUCGAUGCUCCAACGAUUGUUGCACAUUUUACAAAUGCGGAUUUAGAGUUGUCUCCAUCGGGCACAUUUGCACUAGUUGAUGAAGGCUUGGUUUGUCUUACAAUAGUGCCAGGACAAGAAUUUGCUAUAUUUGGAAACUUGGCACAGAUGAAUUACCUAAUUGGAUAUGAUCUUGAGGAAAACAAAAUAUCAUUUAAGCCUACAGAUUGUACUAAGUACUAA